AUGGCCAAGAUUGUCAUGAAUAGAAGCCCUAGCAGUUUCUAUACCAAAAACGGCGACGUAUUGACGAAAGCGGCCCUUUACAGGUCAGAAACUAUGACUGUCGAGAUGACAGAGAAAUGGAUCGGCCUGAGUGAGGUCCCCCUUAAAGCCGACUGGCCUUACGAUUUUCGACAGCCGCCGUUGAUCGUUGACGCGCCUGACAAGGUCCCAAUGCAUCUCAACACCUACUUCGCGAACAUUUCGCGUUGCGAGAGGGAAAUCCUUGUGCGCAUUGAAUACGAUAUUGAUGAUAAAUCAAUCGGUUGCGAGGAAAGCACAGGCAAUCUCAUGAACAACGUAAAGGACAUCUCAUCCGCGGCCGAAUGGUGGCAAUACGCCCUAGCCUUUAGCUCGGAUAACAUGACCAAAGAGUUGGAUAUGUGGAAGAGAUCCCCCGGCAGCGCAGAUGGAGCAGCCGACGGCCUUUUCGUUUGGCAGCACCUUGAAGUAGCCAACAGCCCUAAGCACACUAACCAGGGCAAGAUUAUCAUUGCAGGAGCACCUGGCUCCGGAAAACCCCUGUUUAGAACCACAGUGGUGAAAUGCGUCGUGAAGGGAGGAGUGGUGACCACGUCGUCUACAUAA